CUAACUUGUGUACCAAGUAAAACACAAAUUCAUAAGUCUAUCUUUGAAGGCACAGAGCAGUGAAGUAGACUAUGGAAAAAAUCUCAGUUCAGACGAGGCACUUGCCUCGACUCAUCUAUGCUCUAAUCUUCUGCAUAGUUUCUACCAUCGUUGCUGCUGAUGAUUAUCCCUACUACGGUGGAGGACAACCCUACAACAAUCCAUAUUACAAACCAACCUAUGAACCCAAAUACCCUCCUAAUUAUGAUCCUAAAUACCCUUCUUAUGAUCCUAAAUACCCUUCUUAUGAUCCUAAGUACCCUCCAUAUUACUACAAAUCUCCACCACCACCAUCUCCUCCUCCUUAUUACAAUCAACCCAAAUACCCUCCAUAUUACUACAAAUCUCCACCACCUCCUCCUCCUUCUUACUAUGAACCCAAAUACCCUCCAUAUUAUGAACCCAAAUAUCCUCCAUAUUAUUACUACAAAUCUCCACCACCUCCACCACCACCUUACGUUUACAAGCCACCUCCCUAUAAUUACUACAAACCUCCAUACAACAACUACUCACCUCCUCCAUAUGAAUACAAGCCACCUCCCUAUAAUUACUACAAACCCCCAUACAACAACUACUCACCUCCACAAUAUGAUCAAUACAAACCACCGUCGUCUCCUCCCUAUGAAUACAAGCCACCAUCUUCUCCUCCGUAUGAAUACAAACCACCAUCAUCUCCUCCGUAUAAAUAGAAAUCUCCACCCACCACCAUCUCUCUCGCCGCCUCCACCGUUGCGUCUAUAAUUCAACUCCUCUCCUUCCAUCCUUUACCGACGAAUCUUUAACAACUAUUAUUUGACGUCUAUAUUACCUGACCCCUGCCACUUGUGUAUGAAGCUAGGGGUUUAAGCUAUUUGAAGUUUUCAGUUCAAUAAGAUUCAACAUUGUUGCAGUUUGUUGCAUGUUAUGGAUGUACUCGUGUUUUACUGUUAUAUAUGUAUCGGUGAUCUGUGUUAUUUCAGAAUUAAGUUUUUGUUUCGAUUUCUUUUAUCCAAUUUCAUAUUUUGUUA